AAUACUUAUAAAAUCUUGUUGAAAUGGAGACCUCCUGGAAGUUUCAUUGGCUCGCGUUUAUAUAUCUGUUGAUUUUAAGCGGUUUUGUUGAUACUUUUACAAGAUUAACAAAUAUCGACUGCAAAGCGUUCGACAAACCUUUCGCGGAUUUCAAGAGUUGUCGCCUGCAUGUGCCGAAAAGGGGAGAGAUUGCAUUAUCUUUGCAUGUCCGGCUCUUCCAGAUACCAGUUAAUAAUGUCAGUAUAAACGUUUCAUUUUUCAAGAAAGCCAGUGGUUACCGCCCCUUUUUGUAUAAUAUUUCAGCUAAUUUUUGUGAAGUUAUGGCGAACAAGAAACGUUUUCCUUUUCUAAAGAUAUUCUUUGACAUUAUAGCGAAAGACUCCAACAUUAAUCACACCUGUCCCUACAACCAUGACAUAAUCGUCAAAAAUCUAGUUUUGCGGGACGAUAUGUUCGGACGAUUGCCGGUGCCAGCGGGAGAGUAUUUGUUUAGGUUAAUGGUGGGCGCCUACAACGAAUGGAAAGCUGAUGUGAAGGCCUACUUCUCCAUAAGACUCAAUAAAAAAGAGCGUUAAAGCGGUGUCCACUUAAUUCCGAUUUGAUGAAAAAGAUAAAUUGCUAUACAAUUAAAUAGUAAAUGAAAUAAAGAAAUUAAUUACACUCAGUCCUUUUUUUACGCGACCUCUUUUUACGCUAUUUCACUUUAACGCGGUUAUUUUUGCAGCGCAAAUUCCUUUUUUUACGCGAAUUUCUCACUUUAACGCGAUUGCUUUUUUUCGUUUUUUGCUUGGUCUUAAACUUGCAGCAGAACGUGCACGAAUUUUUCAAAAAGAAUUGAGUGUAUGUAUGUUAAGAUAUAAAGAACUACAUCGGAAUUUAUUGGGUCUAAAAAGAAGCAUUCAAACAAAAUUAACUGAGUUUAUGGUGCAAACUCAGUCGGAGACGCUAAGUCAAUCAGAACAUCAUUCCAUAGUUCUUACUAUUGAUUCUGAUACAAAUUCUAGUGAUAUCAGUGCCGGCCAUCAAAAUAAGCGGCUAAAAAUAAUUUAAACUACGGAUAAUGACAGUGAUUAAACAGCAUUCAACGGUUUUUUUUUUCAAUAAAUCUACCUAUUUUCUACUUUCUUCUCUUUUAUAUAUGGUUUUUGUUUUGUAUUUUUUAUUUUGUUAUGAAUGAAUAAAUCAUAAGUCUGAAAUUUGAAA